AUGAGCAAUAUCAACAAUGAGGCCGAUAUGGAAAAAGUCCAAGACUGGCUAGAUAAGUUUAAGAACGACAAGGGAUGGGUGCACAGCCUCAUACCAGGCAUCAAGGUCGUCUCAACAGACUCCACUCUCCCUCACCCCUCCGUAACCUUCUCUUUCACCGUUCAGGACGAACACACCAACGGUCUGGGCAACCUCCACGGCGGUGCUGCUGCCACUCUUCUCGAUUUCUGCACCUCCGUGGUCCUUGCGCUCGUCAGCAAGCCCGGCUUCUGGCAGAUGAUGGGUGUCAGCCGCACCUUAAAUACUACGUAUAUGCGCCCUAUCCCAGCGGGUAUGGAGGUGCUCAUGCACUGUGAGAUCCUGCAGGUGGGAAAGAGGCUGUGUGCUUUGAGAGGCACCAUCAGGAGAAAAAGUGAUGGGGAGCUGCUUUGCAUUUGCGACCAUAACAAGGCAAACGUUGACCCAGAUCCCAAGUUGUAA